AUGGAGAUUUCUCAGCAUGGCGAGGCGACCAUAUUAAGCGAAUCAAAGAGCAAAACCAGCAGCGGCGCACAAGCCACUCAACGUCCAGAGGUGACGAUCGACGAGUUUUUUCAAAAGACAGAAACAAAACCUGUGCUGUACUACUUGCCACUUACUGACGAGCAAAUAAAGCAAAAGAAAGAGCGUCGGGGUCAGAAACCGGAGGGUCAGCCACGCAAACGUCGCCAUCGCGGCGGUCGCAAGAGAAACAGACGCGGUCGCUUUCAAAGGCGCUAG